UAAUUUAUUUUAAUAGCCAUGAAUGUAGUUAGGAACUGGAGUUAGUUUGACUUAUAAAGAGAUUGUCGUUGUGUGCUUGAUCAUUUGCCUCACUGACAAACAAGGCCUAUCACAUUGUUCUCCUGCAAAUCACCUCCUUCUGCCGUCAUCGGCACCCUUUUCUUCUUAUCACUCCUCUUCCAAACAUAUUUAUCUACUGAUGCUGAAGGGUACACAGCAUGUGAGCCUUUUAUCUGUGGGAGACUGCGUCGUGUUUGGGGAAUGUUGAAAUGUAAAUGGUUUGGGAGUGAAGAAAGUAAGAGGAAAGAAGGAGGUAGCUUCGUGGGAGAAGUGAGAAGAACUGCUUCCAUAGCUUUCUUUUAUGAGAGAGAGGGUUCUGAGGGAACUGAGUAAAAGUGUGAGAAUGGACGAUAAACAUAGUCACAUCCACACCUCGCCCCUAGCCUUCGCAUUCACCGUCUCUUGCUUCUUCUGCAUCGCUUUGCCACGUUCCCACUCUCAACCAUCGCCGUCGCCUUCGCCGUCGCCACCGCUUUGUGCUGAGCAGUUAUACCGGUGCAACAUAAGCGUCUCCGCCAUCUUCGAUCCUUCCUGGGAAAAGAUUCCACCCUCUCAAUGUAACGGCGCCGAUCCAUCAUCCCUGCUCAGCUGCCAUUCUCAUUAUGAAUCUCAAAAUUUCACAGUGAAGGAUAUCGACAACACCACUCACACCAUGAAAGUGAUGCUAAGACCCCCUCUCGACCUUGUCUGUUCUACUCCCUUUUUUGACGGCUACCUGAACCUCGAUUACGAUAACUUCAAAAACACUCUGAUCCUGUAUAAGGCGCCAGUGCAUAAAAUCAUCAUAUACGAAGAUUGUCCUACAAUCCCAGAUUUCCCUUCAAAACGCAGUUUUAAGUGCGGGGCUGUUCUGUAUUAUUUUGAGGACAAAGAGGAGAGGCUCCACAGAUACCCACAGCUACAAAAUUGCAAGAAUCGUUGGGACGUGCCUGCUGCCGCUCCUCUGGAUCGUUAUGAUGACACUGAUGAUGGAGCUGGAGUUCUGAAAGAAGCUAUCAAUAAUGCGUUUGAGGUCAAGUAUGGUAUUCCUGAUGGUUGCACAAGAUGCAGUGAAAGUGACGAAAGUUGCUCUCCAUAUGGUUAUGGUUAUGAUGAACAUCUAGUUUCAUGCAGCUAUUGCCCAAAUGAACAGUGUUCUCUCAAAAAAAGACGAGUGAAUUGGAGAGCGAAAAUCGUUAUAGGUACUGCAAGUGGAGCAACGGGAAUAUUCAUGAUAUGCCUCAUAAUAGGUUGUAGAAAACGUAUGUCAUCAACAAGAAAGGAAAAGUUUCAUAUUACUAAUGAGCAAGAUAUUAAAGUAUUCUUAAAAGAUCAUGGAACUCUAGCACAAAGGAAAUAUACAUUUUCAGAAGUCAAGAAAAUGACGAAGAACUUCACAGUGAAACUGGGUGAAGGUGGGUUUGGUGUUGUAUACAAAGGAGAGCUACACAAUGGGUACCAUGUGGCUGUAAAAUUAUUAAGGGCAUCAAAAGGAAAUGGCAAAGACUUUAUCAAUGAAGUUGCCAGUAUCAGUAAAACUUCUCAUGUUAAUGUUGUCCAAAUUCUUGGAUUCUGUUUAGAAGGAAAGAAGAAAGCACUUAUUUAUGAAUUCAUGCCUAAUGGUUCCCUCGACAAGUUUAUCGGUAAUAAGGGACUAGAAAGCACUCCAUUCUUGAGUUGGGAUAAUGUGUUGCAAAUUGCAAAAGGGAUAGCGAGAGGACUAGAGUACCUGCACAAGGGAUGCAACACUCGUAUUUUACACUUUGACAUAAAACCACAUAACAUUCUUUUGGAUGACAACUUCUGUCCCAAGAUAUCAGACUUUGGGCUUGCAAAACUUUGUCCUGGGAAAGAGAGCACUGUUUCAGUUUCAGAUGCGAGAGGAACAAUAGGAUAUGUAGCUCCUGAAGUGUGCAACAAACAUUUUGGUGGAGUAUCACAAAAAUCUGAUGUGUAUAGCUAUGGAAUGAUGCUACUAGAAAUAGUGGGAGUGAGGAAUAAUAUUAAUGANGAAGCCACUGAAACAAGUGAAUACUUCCCAGAUUGGAUAUACAGAAAGCUGGAGCAAGANCAAGAUUUGAGAAGUGAUGAUGUGAUAGNGACAAAAGAAAAAGAGACAGAAAGGAGAAUGAUUGCAGUUAGUUUGUGGUGCAUUCAAACCCUUCCUAAGGAUAGACCUACUAUGAGUAGAGUAAUAGAAAUGUUAGAAGGUAACAUGAAUUCCCAAGAAAUACCCCCAAAACCUGUUCUUUCUUAUCCCUCAACUGGAUUGGUGCAAGAAUGGACCACUAGUUCCUUGCAGUCUGAGUAG